AUGAAGAAAUCCGAGCGAUGGACUGAUGAGGAGGUAUCAGCGCUUCUCUACAUCUACGCCGACGACACGACGCAGGGAAUGCUGUUGAAGCCAGUACCCAAUUCCAAGAUCUUCGAUCGUUGUUCGAAGUUGUUGCUUGAGAUGGGAAUCUUGCACAGCGCCAUGGCAUGCCGGCUGAAAAUCAAGAAACUCCGCCAGGACUACAAGAAAACUAAAGACUGGAACAAUAAAAGUGGUAACGACCGGAGGACCACGAAAUGGUUUGACCGCUUGGAUGCUUUGCUUGGGAGCAGACCAUCAUUCAAGGGUCCAGCAUCGAGCCUUGAUUCGGGCACUAUGGCAUCGGAGGCCGCUCCAACGGCGAAUUUAGAGGUCGACAACGACGAAGGCGAGGAAAAUCAGCAACAACACUCGGUAUUGGAAACAAGCGAGGUUCUUGGCGUUGGAGAUCAGAGCUUGCUCGCUUGCUCGUCCCCCUUACCGGCAACCAAACGCAAAGGAAAGCGGACACAGGAUGCACUUUUCCUCGAGACCGUCCAGGCGUUGGAGGACCAGCGUGCCGUGGCGAAUGAGUCGCUGCGCGUAGAUCAGAUGGUGCAGUUCAGCCAGACCCAGGAAGCGGAGGCCAGAAUGAUCACCUCGAUGGAGCGCCAGUCAGAACUGGCGCUGCAGCAGAUGGAGCGCCAGCGGCACCAGGAUGAAGUGUUGGCGCUGCGCCAGGAGCUGCGCCAGGAGCGGCAGGAUGAGCAACAAGCGGCAUUUAACACUGGGUUUCUGGAAGUGCUUUCCCAGCUAGUGAAAGCCAACAGGUCUUCCUCCAAAUAGUGGCCCCUGUUAAUGUCUGCUGCUGAGCCUAUGCCUAGUUUAGGCAUAGUUUAGUUAAGUUGAGUUUAUUUGGUUUUUGUAAAUACUGACACACGACACACAACUUUGCACCAAGGUGUGUAUGCUGCUGAGUUUUUAUUUUAUAUUAUUACUGUUAUCACUUUAUUUUAUACUGACAUGUCCAACUGACACUUUGUCACUUUAUUUACAUUAAAAAAUUGUUCUCAUUUCAUGUUAUGUCAUAUGCUGCA